CAUCAGUAUACAUCGGGGGUCCGUUACGACGGUUUUAAAUAGUUUAAAAACAGUUUAAACGUGAACCGUUAGUCAUGAGUCGCGUGCUGAACUGUAUCGUCGCGGUCUGUCCGGACAUGGGGAUAGGGAAAAGUGGAAACCUUCCUUGGCACCCCGUCAGGCUGAGUAAUGAGUUCAAACACUUCCAGAAGAUGACCAUGACCCCUACAGUAGAAGGUAAAAAGAAUGUGGUUAUCAUGGGUAGGAAGACCUGGUUCUCAAUACCAGAACAGAACCGGCCUCUCAAGAACAGGAUUAACGUAGUCCUGAGCCGAGAACUGAAGACAGCCCCAGAGGGAGCACACUACCUAGCCCCUGACUUUAGCUCAGCGCUGUGUCUACUGGAGAACCAAGAGCUCGAGGCUCAAGCUGAUCAAGUGUGGAUCAUCGGCGGGAGUUCACUAUACAAGGAGGCGAUGGAGAGCUCGGGACGCCGCCGUCUGUUCGUAACGAGGAUCCUGAAGCAGUUUGACUGCGACACCUUUAUUCCUGACAUCGAUCCAGACAAGUUCAAACUCCUUCCCGAGUUCCCUGGAGUGCCGGCAGGACUGCAGGAGGAGAAGGGGCUGCAGUACGUAUUUGAAGUCUAUGAGAGUGUGGAGCAUUGAUGUGUUUGCUGCUAAAAGAUCUUACACACCUGCUUAUUACUGAGAUCUGUGUGUGUGUGUGUGUGUAUAACGAUGACAUUUACUUAUAAGCAAUAUUUCUGAAACCAGGUAAUUCUCUGAACUUUAAAAAUUUAAAGAUUUUAAAUGCUGUUUCAGCCAGUUUCAACCAGUUAAAGCCUCUUCAUCUCUGUGUUUCAUCCUUGCCUUGUUGUGUCCUUGCACUUACAGCUCAUCUCUAUUGUGUGAGUGUGUGUGUGUGUGCGCGCAAGAGAGAGAGUGAUGGCUGUUGUUUAGCCCGGCUCACACGGCCCAUCCUCUCUCCUCUCAUAAAUAUGCAUCCCGUCUUUCGUCUCGAGAGCUAAUUAUUGACAAAAGGUUCUCGUGCGCUCGGGUUGAAUUCAAACCCGUAUGGAUCAAACGCACGUAAAAAUACACACACAUCCCCGUUUAACAAAAGCCAAAAGUCUGCAAUCCGCUUUAACCUUUGAGGCUGAUUGGUUUCAGGUCCCAGCAGGAGGCUAAAGCUAAGCUGGGAAUUAGUGUGAUCGGCAGGGCAGUUCCCUCCUGCCCCCCAUCACCCCCCACCGACCCCAAGCUCCCUCUAACUCCCCUGUUUUGUUCCUUAAAUGAUGACACACAGACUUAAUUCCAGACGGAAUCAUUACAUAAGACAGGAUCAUUCUUCUUUUGCUACCAGCAGUAACAUCAGUGGAAUAAAUAUAGACCCAAUAAGAGGUGUUGUGCAUUACAUUGUAUCAAAUUCAAAUUUUAUUUGUCACAUACACAGUCAUACACAGUACGAUAUGCAGUGAAAUGCGUGUUUACAUUUACACACUCUGGUUUUGUUUCCAUACAGUGAAUAGUAAAGAUCUAAAAGAAACAAGGAGUCCUACAGAGUCCUACAGUACUGUACACAGGUCUUAUAUUUUCUUUAGUACCAAUUAUCAUGCCUGCAUUAUGAUGUACAAAAACUAUUCACCAUUUACAAACAUAACUUAAAAAUCUAUAAAUAAAUAAAUAUCAUUACAGAAGAACAUUUGCAUACCUGUAAAAAAUCUUUUUACAAAACUGACGUAUUACAUGACAGAUCAGUUUUUAAAUGAGGAUCGUACACUUCUGAUUUUUUAUUUUUUUUUGCAUGAAAAUGGAAAGGAGCGAGUGUGACAAAGUUAUAAGAAGAACUCUGGCAUAUUUUACGCUCAGUAAAACCUAGCAACUGUUUUAAUUACACUACUUAUUAGGAAAAUCUCAUAAGCAAAGAUGCCUUUGAAAACAUUUCUACAUGAAACAAACUUUUAUAAAGAGCACUAAAAAAAAACAAUAAAUACAGUCAAAAUUUGCUUUGAAAACUCUUUCCUUGAAAUAAUCAGGUGGCAUGGUGGCAAAGUGGUUAGCACUGUAGCCUCGCACUUUCAGGGUCUGGGUUCGAUUCCCACCUCUGGCCCUGUCUAUGUUAAUGCACAAUCCAGGAGUUUUGUUUUUUCCUCAUCUGAAAACUGGUGUCAUGUAAUAUGUUGUUUUCUUUAUAGGCAUUAAACUGUUCUUCUGUAAUGUGAUUUAUUCAUUCAUUUUUAAGGUAUGCUCCGAUACAGUGAAUGGUUUUGUAUACGUAUAAUACAGAUAUAAUAAAUAUAUGUAAUAGUUUGUACUAAAUAUAAGAUCCGUGCUAGAACUUUUGCACAAUAUAGUAUAUAGUGUGAUUUAAACGGGGCUUCUGUAAAGUUUUUCUGGUAUCUUACACAUCAAAGACAUUUCAUAGGAAACUAGGAAAUAAAUAAAACAAAAACUACGACACACAGGCAGGUUGAGGGGUGAAGCAGAAUGAAAAGGAAUCACAAUGUGUUGAUUAAUAUUUUAAAUAAAAAGUAAGGAUACUG